AGAAAACCUGCUGAUAGCAAUUAUGUGUCUGCGUCUCGUUGGAUCCGCUCUCUGCUGCUGUUGCAAAUUGGGCCUUAAGUGCCUCUGCAUCUUCGCCUGUUCCACGGUCGGAGUUCUAGUCAUAGUUGCCUUGGUCGUUUACUUUUGUUUCUUCCACAACAAAUCGGAGGACUCGACCACAAAGUCUUACUCUGAUUCUACUAUCGACAAGUCCUUGAAGGAUAGCAUAACUACUGCAACGGAAGCCCCUUCGCUCGUCAGAGGAUAUCUCCAACGAAUGAUACAAAGAAUCUAAAAUGCGCAAAGAUACUUAAUAAUCUAUGAAUUACUAUCGCAUAUCACAUAUCAUAUCCAGAAGUGCGUAAUUUAAGAAAUGGAACCUAGCAAAAGUAUCUUUCAGCGUUCAGAGUUUUACAUUAAACACGAAAUUUGAAGUUGGAGAAAUCGAUAGAUUUGUGUUUUGUGAAUUCGCAACACUUAAAUAUAUAAUUUUAUUAAUAUUUUCCAAGUAAUUUUCUGUCAUUUGUUCAACCCCGCAAUAAAUUCACCCGCAAACGGCCAUAAAAAUCAAUUGAGUGCUUUCGGAUAUAAUUGCUCUGUG